UGACGGCCCCUUUAAGGGUUAUGUAGAGAGAAGGGCUGAUGUAGGACGACUCCUCUGUGUGCGCUGCCAUCCUCAUCAUGGCCUCCAAACAACCGCCGCUGCAACCGAGAAUGAGCACGAGCAGACGAGCUGUUGGCCCUUUCCUUCCCCGCGCGGAGACCAACAACGUUAAGCCGAAACAGAGGCACCGGUAGAGGGGUGCGCGCCGGGGGAUCAAGCCUCCGAGCUCAUGCCACCCCGUUCUCCUCGAUGUCUUCGUCAAAAGCCACUUACAGCCAUUUGACAAAGAGGGAUGCAAACCCGGGCGGCGGCAGAAACAUGAACACGAAUAGGGAUUAUUCUAUCAAUCUAUCCGUGCAGCAAGUGCUGAGCCUCUGGGUGCAAGGCACGACGCUGCAACAUUUCACAGAGAUGUGGUACUGGGUGUUCCUGUGGUGUCUUUUCUCCUCGCUCUUCGUCCAUGGGGCAAUGGGCCUGCUCAUGUUAGUCAUGCUGCAGCGCCACAAGAGGGGUCGCCUCAUCACCCUGGUCCUGGUCAGCGUGGGCUUCCUGGCCUCCUUGGCCGGUGGGGUCAUCACCAGUGCGGCCGUGGCAGGGGUGUAUCGUGUGGCAGGGAAGGACAUGGCCCCCCUCCAGGCCCUGGUGUUUGGAGUGGGCCAGACCACACUCUCUGUAGUCAUCUCCUUCUCACGUAUACUGGCCACUCUCUGAAGAGAUGACUCUGCUACACGGACAGACUAACUGACGAACAGACACACAAGAGAGGAGAGAGGAAAGGGGAAGGGAGGGACAUGUCCGAUAGACCGGAGUUCACAUCCCACCAGUUACACAAGCAGAGACGGCAAUGGGUGGCAGUUAACUGCCUGUAGUAUUUGAAGGAAAACAAACAGAGUCAAAUAGAAGAAGUGAAGAAGAUGGUGUCCCAGUCCUAGACGUCUAGACAUUUGGGGAUGGAUGAAUGUGGAAGAGUGCCCCCUAGUGCCUCUGUUCAGCCACUGCUAAGUUUGCUAGAGCUCCCUUUGCUACAAGGGACCUCUCAAUGCAGGCCUCACUUCUGUGUGUCAAAGACACACACUUCCUUGGGCUCUCCACCAGUUGGCGGAUGUCCACAGACUCUGUCAAGUGUCAAGCCAGUGAAACCACAUCCGGAACUGAAAGCUAAUUUGAGGUUCUAUGUGCCGAUGUCCUCUGGGACUUAACUUCAGUGUUGUAAAGGGGAAUGCUUUCAUGGCCAUCUCUACAGACGGUUGAAGGCUUUCUGUUCUAUUUGUGGGGGGACUCCUAUUUUUUUUUUUUUUUACAGUAAAGACAAACCACAGCAACCUGUAAUUAAUUGAACAAUUCAAGUCUACGGUCCUUGAAGUGCCACGGUACUUUGAUGAGAUGGCCAGAACAAAAUUGGACCUGUGAAGACCCACCAUCAUUCUGACAUGCCUGAGAGGUUGUAAACGCAACGAUGAUGGUCAACCAAACUACCAUUCAGUGUUAAAAAAAUCUACCAACCACAAACAACUGGAUCUUCUGUCUUUGGAAAAUGAUAUCCUAAUAACCAUUCCUUCUUGUAAAGUAUUCUAACUACCACAGCAGGUUUUUUGUUUGCAACAAUCCAUAAUGCUUAACCUUUGCACUUUGUAAAUGUUGGUGAUCCACCUCCUUUACCUAAGAGGUGUCUAAAUAGAGUAGGUUGUUGAGGUUCCAUUGGUUCAAGGUUACUAUGGAGAUAACCACUACGCUUGUUAAGGGCUCUGCAUACGCAAACGGGGCUGACGUAGGUCCAUCAUUUGCGUUGACAGUGUAGAGCCCUUUAGAUGUUUGUCAUGUCUAGACCAGUCCAGGUUGUCCAACGUACUCUGGGGAAAUAGCAACUCUGACCAUGAACCUUGUCUGGAGAGGGUCAGAGUUGCUACUUGGUUCUUACAGGGUUUUAUGGAGGUAAACUAAUGUAUUAACUGAAGUAAAAAGGAAGAAUUGUCCUAGUAGUAGCAGCUGUAUUGCUUCUUGAGGAAUAUCUCUGAUAGAGUAUCUCUUGGAAGUUUUACUGUCUGUGUUGUGGUGCAGAUUUACUGUUAAGGUUUAGCAGUUGGAAUCCAGCCACUACUUGGCUGUUGUGAUAACAAUGUUGUCCUGACUCCUAUAAAUCCCACUCCAUACAGAGCCAUUCCUGGAGAAGGUCAGAGACUUAGUGUGCAUCCCAAAUGGUACCCUUUCCCUAUAUAGUACACUGCUUUUGACCAGGGUCAGUAGGACUGUAUAGGGAAUAGGGUGCCAUUUGGGAAGCAUCCUCUACUGCUGCUGAAACAGCCAUUUUCUAUGGCUCCCUGCCUUCCUCCCUGUUAGUUCUUGCUAAUCGUGUGUGUAUUGUUUGUGUUUUAACUAAGUUAGACUUUGCAUAUUGCACUGACAACGGCCUGCCUUUAUUUCGCACAGUUUGUUUUAUGAUAUUGGUCCCAGUGGGUGACCCAUAGAUCCAUAUAGGAUUUUAUACAGUAUGUCCCAUCACCAGUACACACAGUGGUUCCCAAAAAGCAGGUUUUUGUCCAAAAUGGCACCCUAUGCCCUUCAUAGUGCACCCUUUUUUGACCGUAGCCAUAUGGGUUUGAGAAGCACUGCUGUGGUUUUGGAGGUGCUUUUGGGACUGCAGAGCAAUGUUUUUUUUGGUGGGGCCCUGUGGGACUAACCAUAAUGAAUGUGUUUGUGUCUGUCCUGUCCACCCUCUGGAACAGUUCACGUUUAUUAACCAACUAUAGGACAGGUCUUACUGCAUCCCAAAUGGCACUAUGUUCCCUACAAUGUGCACUACUUUUCACCAGAGCCCUAUGGGGGAAUUUGGGACGCACACAUUCACUCCUGGAAUUGAAGGGUUGCAAGGGCCCACUGGUUCGUACCUUACAAUGUCAUUUCAUUUUUUAUCAAUAGCUGACUAUAUCCCAUCUCUCAGUCACUUUCAUUUGUCAGUAAAUGACCGUGGACCAAUAAAACAAGGCCCUCUGCUGCACCCUAAACUAGGUGUGAAUACCACACCAGGCCCUCUGCUGCACCCUAAACUAGGUGUGAAUACCACACCAGGCCCUCUGCUGCACCCUAAACUAGG